AUGUCGGCCGCAUCCAGCACCGGAUCGGCGGAUGGCACCACCGGCCUUAGUGCCAUUCAGCUUGGUGAGGCUGCCACGACUGGCGACUGGUCUGCCCUCUUUAAUCGCGCGGUCCCAGACGCCGAGUCGUCUGGCAUCUACCACUCUCGGCAAGCUCGGGAGCAGAGCCCAACAUACCAAGCACGUGUUGCCAGAGCCGGGGCCGCGUUGGCCCAAAGGUUCAACGAGGUCACCGGCGCCCCCCUCGCAGACGUAACAAUCUCCACCGUCAGCUCUCACCCAGAAGGCCGGGAUCGUUUCCGGACCUAUGAUCCUUUCCGGUCCCUGGCGUCUCAAGAAGACCGCCAGCCCCCUCAACAGCGUCGGGCACGUCCGCGCGAGAUUCCUCGAGAGCCCGUCAUUGCCGCCGACGACCCCGUCUUCGAGCAGUUCCUCAAGAAGUACCAGGAGGUAUACGGCGGAGACUCGUCUGAAGCAUCGCAGGACAACACUCGAGCAUCAGUUGCCGCGAGACCAUCAGUUCCACAAGCCCCCCAGCGCGUGGAGCGCUCUCGUGAGGACGUGUCCAGGGCCCUCUCGCGGUCGUCGCGGUCGUCGGUCGCGUCGCGUACGUCCGCCCGGCGCGUGGUGGCCGGGACCCACCGCAGCCCCGCAGCACCGUCAUCGGUACCAUCACACGUGCCUAUAGGUGGCCCAAGCGUCAAUCGCCCAGACCAAACCGCGAAUAAGCCCACGUCUACCAGUGGCCCAAGUGCACCUCGCUCAGGCCAAGACGCCACUGAGCCUACGUCUUCCAUCUCACUGACUGACUUCCGUCAUCUCCACGCCCUGAUGGACGGCUCUCUUGACUUCAAGUUCCUUGAGUCGGGACGCAUAUGCUUCACCAAGCCGCGCCCUCCCUUCCACGCAUACCUCAAAGACUGCGGCGACCACGAGAAUGACGACAGCGUCUUCUCCACCUCCACCACCAAUGACGAGAAGCAGAUACUCGUCACCAUGGCUAAGAUCCGCGAUGAGGUCCGCACACUGUUCGACCACGACACCAUGCUACACGCCGAAGCCACCAAGCUUCACGAGGAGAUCGCCAGACUGGCUGCUGAGAUCAAUCACCUCAAGUCCACCCGCAAGCGCGCUGACAGCGGCGUCGCCUCCGACUCCGACCGAUCCUCCAAGAAUGUGAAGGUCCUUGAGCAGGAGCUUGGCGAGCUCCGUGUUCGGCACGACCAGGAAUCUAAGAAGACCUCGGUGCUCGAGCAGCACAUCAGCACUCUCGAUAAGCACAUUGAUGGGCUCGAGACCCUUCACGAGCAGGAGUGCCAGAAGACCAAGAUGCUAGAGAAGCAGGUCGAGACUCUUUAUGAGGAGAACAUCACCAUCCAGACGCUCCACCAGAAGGAGUGCAAAAAGACGCAUGACCUGCAGAAGCAGAUCGGAGUCCUCCAAGAACAGCACAUGAGCGUCCAGACGUUCCACGAAAAGGAGCACAAAAUGACACAUGACUUGCAGAAGCAGAUCGCAGUCCUUGAAGAACACAACACCACCAUCCAGACGCUCCACCAGAAGGAGUGCAAAAAGACGCAUGAUCUGCAGAAACAGAUCGGAGUCCUUCAAGAACAGAACAUCAACAUCCAGGCCCUUCAUAAGGAAGAGCGCAAGAGGACGCUUGAUCUCCAGAAGAAGAGCGCAGUCCUUGAAGAACAGAACAUCGCCAUCCAAACGCUCCACGAGAAGGAAUGCAAAAAGAUACAUGACCUGCAGCAGCAGAUCGGGGUCCUUCAAGAACAGAACAUUACCAUCCAGACCCUUCAUAAGGAGGAGCGCAAGAGGACGCUUGAUCUCCAGAAGAAGAUCGGCAUCCUCCAGGAGCAGAAUGUCGAUAUCCAGACCCGCCAGCAGGCAUCCAAGAAGAGCCACGAGCUCCAGGAGCAAGCCAGCAAGGCCCCCGCCGCGAUGCCGACUGCUGCCAGCACGGCCACCGCACCCACAUCUACCACUAGCGGGACCGCCACUAUGCCGAUUGCUUCCAGCACGGCCGCCGCACCCACAUCUACCACUAGCAGGACCGCCACAUCCUCGGCCAGCAGGAUCAUCACGUCCACGGCCAGCAAGACUACUACCACCCGCACCACAAGCAGGGUCGCCAGCGGCAGCUCCUCUGGUUCGGCCUACAGCAGCGCCCGAUCGGGCAGCCGUGCUACCGGAGUCCGAGAUCUCGACAAGAUUCGGGUCUCGAUCCGGCGCCCAGCCCCUCUGUCCCGCGAGAUGCAGGACCGCGAGGAUGAUACCACCACUGACCCACGCGAGUCGGCCGACAAGAACAUUGCCAUCGUGUUCAGGCAGGUCAGCCGCGAGGCCAAGGAGGCCUCAGACCGCCUCGUUGAGCUCAUCGACGAGCAGUCACAGAACGACCCCUCCAUCAGCAAGCGCCAGGGAGACGCGCUUGCGAGGGAGAUCAAGAAUGUCUCGGAGCUCUACCAGAUGAAGAGGAGACAGGUGUACAGACUGAGACAGACGUACUCGGGCCUCGAGAAGCUUGGAGGUGUGUCUGACAUGAACGACUUUGACGUUACCGUUGAUAGCCUGGGAGGCAUCUGAUACGACUACAAAGAUGACAUGAUGAUUGUAUGACGGAGCAUUGAUACCCAUAUUGUUAGAUUGCGACUGGGAUAAACUGGGAAGAACGGAGUUUUGAUGUUUUCGAUACCCAUAGUGUUAGGUUGCGACUUGGAUAAAUUGGGAAUAAUGGAGUUUUGAUGUUUUCUGUGUCCGAGUCCCGAUCUGAAUGCAGAAACGUGAUGAUG